AUGAUUCAAACUAGUGCUUUCACAACAAAAACCUGUACGGUUGAUGCCGUCUUCCCAAGAAGUUCGAAGUCGUCAACUUUGGAUCCAGCUAGAGACCUUUUGAAGGUUGUUUACGAUGUUUACGAAUCCCAGUGGACCGGGACUGGAUCUCCUUUGGUCAACUACGUCUUUUUACAUGGCAGUGGAAUGAAUCGGAAAGUGUGGGAGUACUACGUUGACAAACUCGUUUUACCGGACGGUAAGAAUAGUUGGAAAAUCGGCAAGAUCAUUCUUAUCGAUCAAGUGAACCACGGAGAUUCUGGCGUGCUUAAUGCACAGCUUUUGGGCACCAUUUAUGACUGGAGUGACGGUGCAAGAGAUGUGUGUAAAGUUUGCAUGGACGAAUUUUACGAUUUCCCCCCCAAAACUGAGGUUCUCAACGUGGUGGUAGGGCAUUCAAUGGGUGGAUUUCAAGCAUUGAGCUGUGCGGUGUUGUGUCCUGGUCUAUUCGAUUUCGUCCUGUGUAUUGAACCUGUGGUGUGGAUGAAGCGAAUUCGAAAUGCCAGAGACGACAACAUGACUAUCAUCUCACCCAGUUUCUUCAAGGCGUUGAAGGGAUCCAUGGUCGAUGAAUUUGCCACGAAGCAAGAAUUUUUCAGGUUUUUUGACCAAUUCAGCCUGUAUGCCAAUAGUGCGCCUGCGAUUAAGAAGCUCAUGCGAGAUUUCGAGCUACAGAAUGUUUCAGAGGGUCGUUACCGAACCAAGAUGAGUGCGCAACAACAUAUGCUGACAUACCUCACUUUGAAUCCAACUGCUACAUGGCUGAUGAAUUCUUUGUCAUCUUUAAGCUUGCCCGUUUUUUGCAUUUACGGAAACAAGUCCAAAUGGUGCCCUCCAGAAAAUCGAGACUUCUUGCGAAACCAAAUCAAGCGUUAUAGGGAAGUUGAAGUUGAUGGAGAUCAUUUGAUCAAUAUCGAAAGCCCCGAUUUUGUGAUUGCCAAGGUUAAUUUGGAAGUGGGAAGGCUGACUGCAAAUGUGACACCAGAAAUGCAAGUGAAUGACAGCGCUCGGAGAUCCAGAUUCGAAAAAGAUUACAAAACUUUGCUCGAAGAACGAGUUUUGAAAGGUACGCCAAAACUUUGA